AUGAACGGGCCCAGUCAAUAUGAACUUCAAAUUCGUAAGAAUAUUGAAGAGAAUAAGAAGGUAUUGGCAAGUUUAGGACUUGACAAGUUUAAGGUGAGUCAGUCAUGCUGCUUGAUCGAUCGAUGGACGCACGUGUACGCACUCCGUUCCGACUCUUCCCCGUCUGAAUUAGCUGUUCACGCCAUCAGUGCAAAUCUACACAGGCUUUUAAAAAGGGUAUUUGAUAGUUUACACUACGUGUAGGUGGCUGUUGCAUUUUAGUAGGGAUAGUUGGUUAAAAUAUUUGACGGGGCUGCAGUGUGUUAGUGAGGAGCGCGUACAGCGUGGAACGUGCGUGGAGCGCGAUAUUAGGAAAGUAAUUUUUUUUUAACUACGAGCAGUCUCAGUCUUAAGCCAGAGAUAAUGGUCCCUCACGGCCUAGUGAUAUUUUUGACUGGAAACUGAAAUAUUCAUUAUUGCAAAAGUGUUGACAGGCCAAGCAUGAGAAACUUGGCCUUAGCGUUUGCUUGGACAACAGAGGUUUUCCUUCUUUUCUAAAAUGCCCUGCUAUUUCCCAGCCGGGGGUUUUGCAGGGGGGGGGGGGGGGUUUCUUUUCCUUUUAAUUAACCAAAGGGUUUUUGGGUUAUUGGGACAAUUUUAAAAAAUUUUUUUAUUCUCCCCUUUUGAGGUCCCACGAGUUACCUUGUUCUCCUCUAUUGGGGUAGUCUUUUCUUGUGUUUUUUUGUGCGGGGCACUGAAAACAUCAGUAUUGUGAGUGUGUGGGCAGGCAAAGCGUGAGGACUUUGGUUUUAGGUGUUGUGUGGGCAACGGGGUGUUUUUUUCUUUUGCAAGAUGCCCUUUUUUUUCCCAGGCGGGGGGUUUGGGGGGGGGGGGGGGGUUACAUUGACUUGUACAUAACGCAAAGGUUAUUGUGUUCAUAGAGUCAAUUCUAAACUAUUUAUUUAGUCUCACAUUUAGAGGUCAUCAAGCUGAUCUGCUUCUCGCAUAUUGGAAAGUCAUUUCCUGUGUUUUAUUAUUUUCUUGAACAGGAUCACCUGCCCAGCACCCACCCUGUUGUUUGCAGGUUGUUGAAUUCUCAUGGGCUAGUGUUCUACAUAUCCUAAUAUUGUAGUUAAACUAAAGCUUAGCCAAUUGAGCUGUAAGUCAAGUCAAGUUCAUUCUUUGGGUGCCAAUUUUUUUUCUUGAGAUAAGCAAGUCUUUGGACCAUAGCAAGAUGUCCUGUAGUUCAUCCAUUGGUAAUUACUUUUAUUUCAGCUGUAACCAGCAUUCUAAGGGCCUGCUUUCAGUCUAUGUGACUUUCUGUCACAAGUUAUAAAGCAGGACUACAGUUUUGGAACUAAAGCAUUCUUUGUCAGUAGCAACUAUGGUUCUAGUGAAGAGAGGCUUUGUCUUUGCCUUAUAUCUAAUAGGGAUGGCGAAUGGUAAAAUCCGAGACUUGCCGAGACGCCGAGAUCCUAGUUAGAAAUCCAAGCCCGAGACUCUUUGGUGAAAAGUUUCGAGACUCAAAAAAAGUAAAAACAAACCAUGAAAAAACGAGACUUCGAGACUUAUCAAAAACGUUUCGGAGAUUUCGAGAUCCUGCCAAAAUUUUCCGAGACCCACGUUUUUCGAGGUACCAUUUGCCACCCCUUCUAAUAUUUCUCUUUUUGGAAAAUGAGACAAACACUCCCACAGUACUUCAGCCAUCACCAUCUUGUCAGUAGUCUUGAUUAUUGACAAUUCGUUUUCAACACCUAAAGCAUCAGCCAAUCAUAUUUUUGCAUUGCCAGGGCAACGUAUGAUUUACAUGUAUUUGCUCUGGCUAUAGGAGCAGCCUCUCUUUUUUCUUCUCAGGCUGCCACCCUCGGCUUUGCUUCUCAAAUGUGCGUGCACUCCCCUCACUAAAUCUGUAGAAAAAGAGAAAUUGUUUGCAGUCUAGCAAUUUUUAGAAACAAUGCAUAAUUCCUUGUGAAACGAGGGUCAAAUGCUUUUAAUUUUGUCCCAAGGGUAAUUUACCAGGCAAUGUAAAGCUUUUUUCAGCCUGAAAUUCCACAAUGUAAUAAUGAUAAUGAUAAUGAUAAUGAUAAUGAUAAUGAUAAUGAUAAUGAUAAUGAUAAUGAUAAUGAUAAUGAUAAUGAUGAUGAUGAUAAUAAUAAAAUCAACUCCGUAGAAUCUGUGGAAAUCCAGAUCUUCCUUUUCCAGGGGUGGAAAGAGAGAAAUUUACUGAUGCUUUUUUACUAACCAUAAGCUACAUGUGUUAUUUUGACAAAAUUUUAGCUGUUCAUGCCAAAACCUACAGUGAAUGUGACAAAAAAGCCAACUCAGCGAAGUGGGGUUAAGCGUAAGAGACAAGACACAGUCAACCAGACAACACCAUAUGAUGAUCAUUACCCACAGUCAGAGAAUCUUGGUAUAUUGAAUCGGCUGCGAAGAUCAUCACGCCUCAGAGGGCAGGUUGAUAUUUACAUAUAUAAUAAUUAUUGAACUAUGCCAAGAGCCUGUCAUUUUUAUACAGACAGUCACUUUUGGAAAGGGUCUGGCAAUCUAAGUGCCAGAGAGCCAUGUUGCAUUAAUUUUUGCAAGCCACAAAAAUAUAGUUUUAUGGAAAAGAGAUUAAUGUUAGCUUUAAGUUAAAAUGUUUUCCAUGUUGCUGCUCUUCCAGUUUUUUUUAUAUUUACUUUUUCAAAUGGCUUACUUAAUGAAUUUGGGGGAAGGACAUAUUAAUUUGCAGGAUUAGGAAAGGACAAAAUAUGUCUGUAAAAUUACAAAAAAAUUAUGUGAAUAAGACUGUGAAUAAGACUGAAAAGGCAAGUUAUUUGUAGACUGGUAAGUGUUCCUGAGAGAAUUAACAAUGCAUGUUUUAGUUAUUACUAUUCAAGGAGCACAUACUGUACACUGUAGACAGGCAAUUUGUGUAAGAAUUAUAGAAGGCAUAUAAAAGAUAAGGAGCUUGAUCUCUUUAAGUACAUUGUCUUAUUUCCUUUGUAAAAUAAUUUGAUUACUAAGUUUGAGGUUUAUUUGAUCUUUUCUUAAGGAGCCAACCACCACUAUUCAAAGUGAUUGGAACGUGGAGGAUGAUGAAAGUGAUGAGGACUACAAGAAGCCCCUCAGGGCACCAGGAAACCGAGAAAAUGUUUUUGGAGAAAUUCCAGGUACAAGACUAUUCUAGCUCAAAUUACUCUUGAAAAAAUCAGAGAGGUUAUUUGAGAUAGCUGAUUCUACUCUAACAGUUCUACAGCAUAUGUAUGUGUGUGUUUGUGUGUAUGUGUGCUGUAUAAAGUAAGGUUUAUGCCCAGAUAUUGGGUUUUGACAUUGUUUGCCUGACUGUGAUUAAUACUUUUUCAAUAGAAUUUAAAAAUAUGUCCUUUUUGUAUUCCAUCGGUAGGUUGUCCAGUAGGAACAAUAUGGGGCACAAGGCUAGAGUGCUGUAUUGAUGGUGUACACAGGUUAGCUAAUUUAUUUCUUCUGGUAACACAGGCAAACUCUCCAAUAAUUGUGUCAUCUCAUACAAUUACUGUAUUUUGCAAGUGAACUGCCUCUUUGCUUGGUUCAAGUGCUCAGGAGAAAUGUUUGUUAUACUACAGUAAUGUACAGAAUUUGUGAUUUUGGCAGCAUUGUGAGCUGCUUAAAGAUCAAGGUGCCCUGGACAACAUAGAGGUUGCAUAAAAAAUCCAUAGUGACCUAACUUAUUAUUCAUCAGACUAAUCUUUCUUACAUUGUAUCAAGAGCAAAAUUUCUGUUAUUUGAAGUAUUUCUCCCAAUCUCUUGAAUCAAGCCUUAGAACAGCCAUAAUAAUGAAACAAGGUAAAUGUAUGAGAUCACAUAUGUUUUGAGACAUCACACUGCCUUGAACACUUUAGACGCCUGUUCAGGUGCUUGGAAUUGUAGUUCUCAAACUCAUUAAUAAUUUUAUUAUUCAUGCAUUCAAAAGUCAGUGAAUAUUAUGACCAUUUUGGGUCAGCUAGAUGAAUCUUGAUGCCUAAUGAAACACUAGAUAAAACACCACUAGGUGUAUCUAAGAUCAAACACUUGCAUUUUUCAACUCAUGCCAACAUCAGAGAAAACAUAUCACUGUAUAAUUUUGUAUUGUUUCAUUUGAGAAGACGUGUCAAAACCUUUGGCUUCAUGAUUCAUCAUGGGUUCCAAACACCUGGAGACAGAUGAAAGCAUGUCGUCAUACAGUGUACACUGUAUUUCAUCUGUUUCUCGGAGUUUGGAACCCGUGAUGAAGCACUCACCCUCUUUUUUAGUAUAGUACUUCAAGCCCUGUAUAGCGUGCAGGUGGAAACAGAUAAUCAAGAAGGGAUCUUGUUUACUGUGGGUAAUGUCGACCGAGAUAUCGGUCGAUAUAGCGGUCGACACUCGGUCGAUAGUCGGUCGACAGUCGGUCGAUACUCGGUCGACACUCGUUCGAUACUCGGUCGACAGUCGGUCGAUAUAGCGGUCGAUAGUCGGUCGAUAGUCGGUCGACAGUGGGUCGACACUCGGUCGAGACACGGUCGAUAGUCGUUCCAGAUGUGUCUUGGCCGAUAUAGCUUUUCGUUCACCGACACUUCGCCGUUUUUUCGCCGACACUUCGCCGACAUUUCGCAGACAUUUCGCCGACACUUCUCCGACACUUCGCCGAUACUUCGCCGAUAGUUGGUCGAUAGUUGGUCGAUACUUGACCGAUGUAUCGGUCAGUAAUUGGUCGACACUCAGUCGAUGGUCGGUUGACACUUAGCAUUUCCUACAUUUUGGCUUGGAAAACAAGAAAUUAGAAAGCAUUUUCUAGCUUGGACCUAACUGUUUUUUUAAAUUGUGUUUCUGCUUUUUUAAUUUCAAACUUCAAUGUACUUAGCCAAAAUUCUGGAAUAAUAGCUAUUAGUCAUUUAUCUAGCCUUUUCUUUUAAUUCAUGUGAACGGGAUUUAGCCUAUCUGUAUCGAUGCCCACCACCUUUUCGCAGACAUUUCCUCCCAUCGUUUUUUUUUUUAGGGGUGGGGGUGCCUCGCUACGCGUAGCCGGCUAGAAUUGAAUCAUGAAGAAGUCCGCUAAGUGAGAAUGAUAGGCCUUCAGCUUCUUGUUAUGUGAUUUAUUCCCACCGUGUAAGACCUAUAUCUAGCUGAUUUUUCCUAUGCCGAGAAUUUUUCAACCGACUCAGAACUACAUUAAUGAAAAAAUGUAUUUACAGUUCAUUUUUUUUAAACUUGUUUUUCCUUAACAAGUUAAGAUAAUAUUAAUGUUAACGCGGCGCAUACUGUUUUCCUUUUUUUGGAUGACCAAAAGUGACUUACCAUUCAAUAUUAAUUUCUGUAUACGCAUGGUCGUCUUUAUUUUGAACACAAUAUAAAUAUAAAGCGAAAGGACAGAGCAAAAGGACAGGAUAAUGUAAUGAGAACGUAUGAGUAUUUUCCUUGCUGUAAAUUGAAAUCAUUCCCACAAUAAAUGAAUGUGUUCAGUCUGCUGGAUAUUUUUGUCACCUUCCUUGGCGCAUUAUCAACGCGUUUUAUCAAUAACUGAUCGUUAAACAAAGGACUGUUCCCGUCUUCAAUGCAGAAAUAUAUAAGUUUAAUUUGUGGUCUCUGCACAAACGAGAACUUGGCGUGAUGAAGCAGGUCAAAGCCCGAUAAUAAAAGAUGUGUAUUCCUCGCUCUCAAAACAUGUCGUGAACUGCCUUUUCCUAUUCAUUAUUCGUCUACUUCGGGACCGCGGGAGCAGUCAUUUCACUCGUCCUUAUUAAGUAUUCUUCGACUGCGGGACCACAGGAGUAGCAGAUUCAACUUAGGCUGAGACAGGUUCUGUUUAACAGCUAAAACUCAGACGAUCGGUGAUGAUACAAACGGGAAAAAAAAAAGGUUAUCAUGUCCUUAGUUCCAAGUGCUCUUCGGUUCACUUCAUAGAGUAAUCGCGCCUAGCACUGCCACAUGUUCCCCCAUCGCAUGAUAACAGUAAUUAAUGACGUCUUUGCUUAAAAAAAGCCAUUGGACUCACCUGAUAAAUUAACACACGACUGAUAUUCGAACGACAGUUGACCGAUAUACCACCGACAGUUGACCGAUAUACCACCGACAGUUCACCGAUAUACCACCGACAGCUGACUGAUAUACCACCGACAGUUGACCGAUAUAUCACCGAUAUAUGACCGAUAGUAAGUCGAGGUGCGUCGUCGAAAUAUCGACCGAUACUCGGCCGAUAGUCUAUCUCACUAUCGACCGACUAUCGACCGACCAUCGACCGACUAUCGACCGACUAUCCACCGACUAUCGACCGACUAUCGACUGACUGUCGACCGACUAUCGACCGACUGUCGACCGCUAUAUCGACCGCUAUGUCGACCGAUAUCUCAGUCGACAUUACCCACAGUAAACAAGAUCCGCAAAAUCAGUAGUCAGUAAGGAUGAUAAUUAAAUUAUUAAUAAUUUUUAAUUCUUAAUGCUUAUGGGCUGUUACAUGUACCUUUUUUGUCUUCAUUUUAAUGAAGCUGUGUUUCAUUUUUGCAGACCAACAGUAGCUGGUAUUCAUGGUAAUGAAGUGGAGGGAUGUUACUCUCUUGCUUUGUCUGGUGGAUAUGAAGAUGACCUUGAUUAUGGAGAAUUUUUCACCUACACUGGAGCAGGUUAAAACUGUACCGUACUGUCUGAGGCCUACACGCUGUAUUCAUUGUGUUGUCACUACACAAAAACUUGCUUUGAUCCACCCUCACAGCUGUAAUUAGUGUUAUGACCGAUCUAGUCAGCAAAUAAUGGAAGAUUACAACGGAUUCAACCUUGGACAAUGGCUUUAUUUCGCCUACACGACUCGUGGUUCCUAAUCCUAUACUCAGGCGUUCCAAUGCCCUACCGGGAGGGAGUCUGGGUCCUAAUACACAACAUCCCUCCCCAUUUAGAUAGAAAACAAUAACAUUUGGCAGAAGUAGAAACAGAAUAAUAAUUGGUCCAAUAAACGUAAACAUGGACUAGCAACAAUGUCAACAAUGUCUCUGAGAUUUCAGCGUCUCUAAAGUUUAAGUACAAUAGUCUUUGAGAUAACUUGGGGCCACUCUGUGUCUCAGGAACCUCCUAAGUGGAACUUCAGGCUCAACAACAUUUGGUUCCGGUAUCACCACACUUUGCUGUGGGGUCAGUUUAUCCUGCUUGUAGGGCUCUCCGGUCACCACCACUUCCGGUAUACUUGGUGUAUCGUCACGUGUAUUACCAUUCUCUAGCAGUUUCUUUACAUGAGAUGUGUUGCGGGAGUAUUGGGCUCCUCCUGGAGAUUGCACGAUCAAGCUGUUCCCAUGCUUGUUUACCACAGUGUACGGACUUGGUUCAAAACGGGUUGUGAGCUUGUUUUUCCUCUCUUGUUGCACUAGCACUUGAUCUCCAGGAAGUACCUCUGGGUACCUUGCAUUCCUUUGCAUGUCAGCGUACGUUUUGCUCUUACUCUUCUGUUGAUUGUCCCUAUCACGCACUUCUUGUUCGACAUGUACAUCGCUCAGCUUAGGAAGCUUGGUGCGUAUUUUGCGUCCGAACAGCAACUCGGCAGGGCUUAUACCAGUCGUUGGGUGAGGUAAGCUUCUGUACACUGCAAGAUAACCAUUCAGCUCUUUCUUCCAGUCCUUCUUUUCAGCAUGUGCGAUUUGGAACCUUUUCAGAAGCGAGCUAUUUUGGCGCUCAACUUCUCCAUUUGCCUGGGGCCAUUUUGCUGUUACCCUGUGGUGUCUAAUUCCCUGCUGCUCCAUGUACUCUGUAAACUCUGUUGCUACGAACUGUGGUCCAUUGUCAGAUGUCAAGCUCUCAGGUAGACCAUGUCUUGCAAAUAUCUCUUCCAGAUUCCAGAUGUCCUGAUAGGCUCUGGUGGGCUGGGACGGCUGAUUAACUGACAUCCAUAGCAGGUUUUGCAGUGUUUUUCACCAUCCUUUUCCAUCCUGGGCAACCACACUUUACUGCGCAACUUCUGUUUAGUUCCAACGAUGCCCAGAUGACCUUCGUGAGCGAGAGACAACACCCGGGGUCUGCGUUUCUUCGGGAUAACGAUUCUUGUCCCUCUUAGUAUCAAUUGUCCGAUGCUGCACAGUUCACUACUACAUGGGAGGUAUUUCUUGUAAGCUAGCUGAUCCCAAGGUUUUCAAACGUAGUAAUCUCCCGGGAUUCUGGGCAAAGUUCAAGCUGGCGGUAUCCCCACUUAAGGUCAAGUUUGCAGAAUACCUUGCUCCCACUUAUGCUCUGAUUAAUCUCAUCAACAGUAGGAAUCGGGUGUCUGGCUCUCCGUAUUGCCUCGUUAGCCCUUCGCAUGUCAAUGCAAAGACGGAUGUCACCCCCAGACUUUGGGACAACAACAACUGGGUUAACCCAUGGUGUGGGCCCUUGUGCAGGUUCAAUAAUGUCUAGUUCAAUGAGUUCUUUAAUCUUUUCUUCCAACUUUGAUCUCAUGCUGAACGGAGUCCUCCGCAUCGGCUGUGCUACUGGCGUUAAAUUGGGGUCGAUGUGAAGCUGUACUGCUCGGUCUUUCAACUUUCCAACGCCGCUGAAAACAUUUGGGUACUUCUGUUGCAGGAUCCCACCAAUGGUCAUUGGGUCUGCACUUACUGCAGCGAUGCCAAUCCCUAUUUUCAGUACGCUAAGACUAGUUGCAGUGUCCUUCCCCAGAAGGGGGUCUCCUUCACCAUUGAUCACACAAAACUUGGCACUAGCAGUGUUGCUUCCUACAGAGACUUCACAGGAGAAUGUUCCUAUCACAUCAAGUGGUGUCUGGGAUGCGUAGGCAUAGAGUUUCCUGCUCGAGCGAGCUGAUUCACACUUCACUUUGUUUUUCCUCAACCACUCCCAUGUUUCCUUGUCAAUGAUGUUAGUGCUUGCUCCAGAAUCUAUGAUCAUGUUCAGCUUACAACCUCCAACGGUUACUUCAAUUUUCUCCUCUUUCCUGUCUCCUACCGUAAAAGCAUACACUAGUUCCUCUUCUUCGUUGUUGCAACCAACCAUAUUUGCAGCACCUCCCUUGGGGUUCCUGUGGCCUUUGGUUUGUUUUUGCUUUUCUUCACCUUUCUGCUUUGUCCUGCACUGCUCUUGAAAAUGUCCUUCCAGCCCACAUCGAUGAUAGAAUUGACCUCUUGCUGGACAGUUAGAAUCUCGACCGAAAUGUCCGGUUCUACCACAUCGGUAACAAGUUUUCUCACGGCCGGUUUUGGUACCUCGUGACUGAUUUCUCUUGCCAUGGCCUCUCUUUGUUCCCUCUAUGCGGUUUACACUAGCUGAAUUCUCUCUCUUUUCCUUUAUGGUCAUUGCAGCAAGCUGUGCGUCGACUUUUUCGCAGUUCUCGGCGAUUUCAAGCGCUCUAGCUAAAGUGAGGCCUUGACGUUCUUCCAGGAGUUUUCGUUUUGUGCAAGUGCUGGUGCACUUGCAGAGGAUUUCAUCACGAAUUUGGUUAUCUCUGUCUUCGCCAUAGUCACAAUCUUUCGAUGCUCGUCUGAGUCUGGUUGCAAACUGUCGGAUUGUUUUCCCUGGUGCGUGAAUUAGCUGUCUGAAACAGUGUCUAGCAUACGUAGUGUUGACUUUGGGAGCGAAGUAUGCGUUCAGUGCAUCGACCGCUUUCCGGUAAUCUUUCAUAUCUCCCGUUUUCGGUUGGGUAAGGAAAAUAUUUUGAACAUCGGGUCCCGCGAGAGGAGCAUUAAUGCACGUCUCCUCUGCCUGUUGUUCGCGUUGUCUUCAUUUAGAGUUAAGCCUUUGCCGUCUGCAAAUAGUUCGAAUGCUGUCAGCCACCGCUUCCAUCACAAACCAAGCGUGUUUUGGUCCCCAUCACAGUCGAAUGUUUUGAUAUGGUUUCGUUCAUUAUCGUCCAUGUUUCUCGCGAACUUUUCGUCUCGUUGACUUCUUGGGGUCUUGUUUUACCCUCGUCGCCAAUGUUGUGACCGAUCUAGUCGGCAAAUAAUGGAAGAUUACAACGGAUUCAACCUUGGACGAUGGCUUUAUUUCGCCUACACGACUAUACUUAGGCGUUCCAAUGCCCUACCGUUAGGGAGUCUGGGUCCUAAUACACAACAAUUAGGGCUUUUAGUAAUAGUUUACUUGUGAUUGUGAUGUAUUAUUUUAAAUUUUCUUUUUUUACGUGCAGGAGGAAGGGAUUUAAAAGGCACAAAAGCUAACCCUAAGGUAUUGACUCUGUGGUACAUAUAGCUGGAUAUUGUUGUACAUGUACCUCUGUGCUGAGAGAACAGAUGUGUUAGAUAAUUGUUAAUUCAUUAAGCAGUGGAGGAUUCAGGGGAGGGGCCCGGGGGGGGCGACCCCCUUUAUUUUUAGACCAACUGAGGCCCGAAGGGCCCAAAAAAUUUGUUUUGGAAACCAGGCCCCCCCUCAUCUAAGGGUCUGGAUGACCGGGCUGCCCUCCCCCUUACAUUGUAUCUCAAGGUCUGGAUCUGGCACUGUUAAGCAACAGUGUGGUACAUGACAAAUUGUUUCAGUGUUUGAAGAGAUUCAUCUAUUUACUGUACAAGAUAUUCUAUUUAUGACAGCUGUCAUCCAUUGACAGGUAUUUUUUGGGUAUUCUUGCUAUGUUUUUAAGACAGAAGUUCGGCUAUAUUGUUUUUCAUCUAACUUGUUUGAAAAUGCCUUGCAUCACUGAGUUGCUGAUGAUCAAUUUUUGGGGGAUAUUUGAGGUAAUUAUGAAGGAAAGUUGGGGCAGAAGGAACUCUUUUUGCUUGUUUUGUGCUCUCCACUAAGCCUUGGGAAAGCCUAGCUUCCUCCGCAGGCUGCACUGUCCUGUUUUAGAGAACGAGUUGGAGAAUGGGGAGGGAACGGGGAGCUCACCACAUUUUUUAAAUCCUUUUCUCGUCCUCAGACUCCUCAUGGUCAGUGUAACCGGAAUUGCCUGCACGGGAGGCAAUGGAAGGCCUAUGGAGGAGGCGGGUUUUGAAACCUUCCCAUUUUCUGUACCUCUGCACUGCCAAAAGAGCUUAGCCACUUCUUCUUCUUCUUCUUCUUCUUCUUCUUCUUCUUCUUCUUCUUCUUCUUCUUCUUCUUCUUCUUCUUCUUCUUCUUCUUUAUGACACCUGUGAAUUCCUUUUCCAGUUAAAUAGUAGCUAAUUAUUGCAGUCAAUUGUAAGUAGCAGAAAACAUCAGCAAAUUUGGCAGAUUUCUCAACACUAGCUGGUUAUGACGAAUAAGCUGGGUUAGAAAUGGAGAUAAUAAUAAAUAAUAAUAAUAGUAAUUUUGUAAUUAUUAUGGUUGAUUUUUCAACAGAAUCUACGAACUGCUCCACAAUCAAAAGAUCAAACGUUGACUAGAGGUAGAUAAAAUAAUUGUUCUGUUUUAAGUUUACUUCGUGUGUCCUUUAUCAUUUGGUAGUACAUGUAAAUUAAUGUUCCCUUUUCAUGCAUAACAGGAAAUUUGGCGUUGAGUCGAAAUGUUGAAAAUGGUAAACCGGUGCGAGUCAUCAGAGGAUACAAGUUAAAAAGUUCUUAUGCUCCUGAGGAAGGAUACAGAUAUGAUGGUGAGAAAACUAACUUAAGAGUAGAUCAAAUUUCUCCCUACAAUAUUGCUGUUUAAUCAAACCUAAAGAUUAGGAGAAUAAAGGAAAGUAUCAGGGAAAAUACAAUUAUAAUAAAUUUCUAUAUUAUUAAACAAAUAUUAAAUAUUAUUGAUUUCUUCUUUAAGAACGGCAAUGAGCUUAUCCAAGUAGUGUUGUUGUUGUUGCUUGCUGUCUUUCGUCUUUUACAAUGUAAGAUCAAUGUUCACAUGCUAGGCAUAAUAAUUAUUUUUCUUUUUGGAUGCAUGCAUACAUGAAAUCUCUGCUUACUGACACUGUAUUGUUCUUUCCUUUUUAGGCCUGUAUUCAGUAGUCAAGUACUGGCAAGCUCGCGGAUUAAGUGGUUUCUUAGUUUAUAAAUUUGCACUUAAGAGAUGUGAUGGACAAUCCUCUCCACCGUGGGAACAGUCGGAUGAAGAAGAAAACAAGGAUCCCGAUGCCACUGAAAGUGACAGUUCUUAGAGCAUAGAUAUACAGGUGUAGGCCGUUUAGUAGAGCUCGCGAAGUUUGCGUAUAUCGUUGUAGUCCGUGACCACAGACGUUAGCUACCUAUUUAGAUGUUUUAACCGAAGUACCGGAUGC